AUGUUUCUCAUGGAAGGCUUGAAGGCCAAAGCAUUGGUUGAAUUCGAGUCGAAAUUGACGAAAUUUUGGCUGAGUGAAUCAUUCCUCGAAUGUAUUCAGAACAUUUAUGACACGGCCGCCCCGAUGCCUCCUGGGGUGAAAAGUGCUGUGGUUCAAACUGCUACGAAGCACCUGGAGUCCCUCUGGCAAAAAAAGCCGUUUCAAGACAUUGUCCGGGAAAAUGGCGACUUUGCGGUGGAUAUGAUUGAAAAACAAGUUAAAUCGGAGGGGAUUCUACAUAUAUAA